AUCCAAUAAUUUGAAGUGUUAGCACACACACACAAAAAAAACUUAAAGUUAUGAUCAAAUAUAGUUUUCUUUUGACAGCAUUAGUGCUAUUUCUUCGAGCAUUAAAACUAGAAGCAGGGGAUAUAGUAAUAUAUUGGGGCCAAAAUGGGAAUGAAGGUAGCUUAGCUGACACUUGUGCAACAAAUAACUAUGCCAUUGUCAAUAUUGCUUUCCUUGUAGUUUUUGGGAAUGGCCAAAAUCCAGUGCUAAAUUUAGCUGGUCAUUGUGAUCCAAAUGCUGGUGCAUGCACUGGCUUAAGCAAUGACAUUAGAGCUUGUCAAAACCAAGGCAUCAAAGUUAUGCUUUCUCUUGGUGGUGGUGCUGGAAGCUAUUUUCUUUCUUCUGCUGAUGAUGCUAGGAAUGUGGCAAAUUAUUUGUGGAACAAUUAUCUUGGAGGUCAAUCAAACACACGUCCACUAGGAGAUGCAGUUCUAGAUGGAAUUGAUUUUGAUAUAGAAGGCGGGACAACACAACAUUGGGAUGAAUUAGCAAAAACUCUAUCACAAUUUAGCCAACAAAGGAAAGUAUACUUAACUGCAGCUCCACAAUGUCCAUUCCCAGAUACAUGGUUAAAUGGGGCACUUUCCACUGGCUUAUUUGAUUAUGUUUGGGUUCAAUUUUACAAUAAUCCACCGUGUCAAUACUCCGGUGGGAGCGCGGACAAUUUAAAAAAUUACUGGAAUCAGUGGAACGCGAUUCAAGCUGGAAAAAUUUUUCUGGGAUUGCCAGCAGCUCAAGGAGCAGCUGGAAGUGGUUUUAUACCAUCUGAUGUUCUUGUUUCUCAGGUUUUACCAUUAAUUAAUGGUUCACCAAAGUAUGGGGGUGUUAUGCUUUGGUCUAAAUUUUAUGACAAUGGUUAUAGCUCUGCUAUUAAGGCUAAUGUUUGAGAUAUAUGAUCAUAGCUAGUCAGCUUGUAUUAAUAUGAUGACGUCAAUAAUGUUAUAUUAUAAACUAUAUAGUACUCAAUAAUAAGGCUUUGAAAGUUACUUAUUAAAAAA